AUGACUCCUUCGAUAUAUUUCGAUACUGUUGGGGAAGUUACUGAUUACAUUUUACCCGAUAACACAACAUCAGUGACUUUUUACAACUCAACGUUUUCCUCUUCAAGAACAUCGCAUUUGACACUCAAUCAACUUACAAGUAACAAAUCAGACUAUUACGACAAUUACUUUUCUGAUGUUGUUUUUGAGUUGCUUGAAAACGUCUUUACAUAUAACAAUUAUUGUAUUCUUUAUACAUCAACAUUUGACACAAUUGUGUUGUAUAAUUCAACAUUUUUCACGUUAAAAAUCUUUUCUGGGAAGACGAGUGGAUAUCGCAAUAUCUCUUCUAUUGAAAAUUGCAACUUUUAUUCAACAGAAAUUCAUGAAUCAAUUUUCUCCAAUUUAACAAUUAAAAACAGUUAUUAUGAUCUCACGUUAACGAAUGAUAUCUUAUCUGGUCUAGUCGUUGAAAACACUGGAUUUUAUUACCAAGAACAUUAUAACGUCCGCUAUACCAACUCAACAUUUGUCAAUACCAUAUUUUAUCAUCAUGAUAAUUAUGAAAAUGUCGUGUUUGAGUCGUGCAACUUUGUGAACUGCAUUAUUCAUUUGGAUGAUCUUGAUAUGAUUAAAAACAUCUACUUUGACUUCGCCGACUGCUAUUUUGAAAACUUCACUGUCAACGAACAAAAAGUCGAUUUGUAUAAAGGAAAUGCCUGUGUCGGGUUGAAAAAGGGGUUUGUAGAACAAUCAAUGGAGAUCCAAAUUGCUAAUGAAGAUGAUAAAAAGAGAACUCAAAUUGUUUUACUUUCAACGGGCGUUGCUGUGCUUGGUGUAUUGUUUAUAAUUGCUGUGAUUAUUAUUUGCGUACUGCUUACAUUGUUUGUCUUAUCACAUAAAAAACAACAAGAAAAUUACAACAAUUUAUCUAACACAAGAUAA